AUUAGGAAAACGGAGAGCUUGAAUUCACUUCUUGCUUUCUUCUUCCUUGGAAUUCUGUCAGAAAGUUUUCAGAGAAUUUCCAUGAAUUUCAUCAAGAAUUUUCCUCCUGGAUUCCGUUUCAAUCCUACUGCAGAGGACCUCCUUCUCUAUUAUCUCCCACGAAGGGAGAAGGGCGAACUCUUCGGCUCUUUCGUACAAGACGUCGACAUGUACGGUAAUGAACCUUGGACUCUCUUUGAUUACAAUGAGCAGUCCGUCUUUUAUGUAUUCUGUGAUUUGAAGAAAAUUGGAAAACGGGUUCAAAGAAGAGCCGGGUCUGGCACCUGGAUGGGGCAGAACAACAUUGAUGUUAAAGAUCGAUACGGAAGCAUAAUUGGGGUUGAUCGCUACUUUAAUUUCAAGAUAAAGAGAGGUUCUCACGAUGACCAUGGUCGGUGGACCAUGCACGAAUUUGCUCCUGUUGAUGAACGCGGAUACGUACUGGACGACAAGGUUGUUUGUGUAAUCGGACACGACACCCUAAUCUCGACCAAACAUUCGGUCUGUGUUACGAAGAAAAGAAAAGGAAGAAUUACUUUUCCGACUGAUGAAGAGACCUCUGCCAAGAGACAAUGCAUGGAAACCACUUCCCCCUCUUCUGAUUUGGUAGUCUCAGAAGAGGCACAGUCUUGCUUAUACGGCGGAGUUGGGGUGGCCGCAGAGCAGAUUGAUGGGUUGCUCCUUUCUGAUCUUUUUGGCCCGACGCACAUGUUCCAGGGCACCCAACUCGGUGAAGAGACACAAUCAAUGGAAACCUCUUCCCUUUCCUCUGCUUCGAUAGUCUCAGAGCUACAGUCGUAUUUAUUCAGCGGAGUUGGGGUAGCGACAGAGCAGAUUGAUGAGCAGAGGCAGACCUCCAGUUUGAUACCCUCAGGGGCAGAGGCAGAGGCACCACCAUACUUCGAAUUUGAUAAUGAAGGAGAGCUGUGGGUCUGUUUGAAUGAUCUCGACCCCAAAGACUUGUAAAUCACGCGGAAGUCUGGUUCUGAAAACUCCUUGAACAUAGAAUUAUUGAUUUUUUGUUAGCUGUUAGGAUUUCUUAGGUAGACCAAUUAAAUGCUAAUCACUCAAUUGUAUCAACCUUUCGGUGGUGUUUUAAAAAUAGAAAUCGAAUUUCUGGCGUUUAUUGCCAAAAA